AUGGGUGAUUUCAACUCAAUGCUUUUUCCUCAUGAUGGAUUGGGUGGUUCCUCUAGACGUAACUCAGAUAUGGAGGAAUUUCAUCUUUGUCUGGAAGAGGUAGAGCUUUUUGAUAUCUCGUAUCAGGGGUGCCAAUAUACAUGGACGCAGAAAUCUUCUGGGGGUGACGAUCAUUCUCCGGGAAUUCUUUCCUUCAAAGUUGGUAGGCGACUUCGUCAACGUGGUUUCAAAUUUGAUAAUAUUGUGACGUCUCAUGUGGAUUUUAUUAAAUCUGUGGAGGGGGUGUGGAUGCAACCUCAGCGAGGUUCAUAUAUGAAGAGAGUGCUUAGAAAAAUGCAAGAGUUGAAAGGGGUUUGUCGUCGGCUUCGUAAUUCUUUUAGAUGUUUGGAUAAGAGGGUGGAUAGUUUAAAGACGGAGCUUGAAGUUGCUCAAUUGGCUUGUGAUCUAGACUCUUUUAAUGAUUUGCUGAAAGAGGUCAUUGCUCACCUCUUGUUAGCAUAUCAAAAAGCUAGAAAUGAUAAAAUGGAAAUGGUUCGACAAAAAGCAAAGAUUUCUUGGCUUAAUGAAGGCGAUGGAAACUCUAAGUUCUUCUUUCAUGCUAUGAGAGAAAAACGUCAUAGGAGCCAUAUUGCUGCUAUAAUAGAUGCUGUUGGUACGAUUUUUGAACAUCAAGAGGUUCCUAAAGCUUUUGUUAAUCAUUUUGAAGGUAUUUUGGGUAUUUCUAAUAGGUUGGUUCAUCCUUCUAUGGUGGAUUGUUGUUUUGUUCGCUCUUUAUCGUUAUCGGACUCUCUGCAUUUAAUCCGACCUAUUACGGAUAUGGAGAUUCAGACUGCGCUGUUUGAUAUUGGGAAUGACAAGGCUCCUGGUCCUGAUGGGUUCUCAUCAAAGUUCUUUAAAGCGGCUUGGAGUGUGGUUGGUAGGGAUGUUCUUACUGCGGUACAUAAUUUCUUCUACGCUGGAACUUUAGAAUACCAGUUGAAUCAUACUCUACUUUGCCUAGUACCAAAGUCCCUAAUGCUUCAUGUGUUACUGAUUUUCGACCCAUCGCCUGCUGUAAUGUUUUGCUGA